AUGGAGGUUGAUUACUUCACAUAUAUACCAUCAGAAAUCACAACCGACAUCCUGUCACGACUCUCUAUCCGAAGCCUUGCAAUCAGCAAAUCCGUUUGCAAAUCAUGGCGCGAUCUGUUCGAUUUCGUCAAAUCCAAAAUCAAAACCCCACCCGUCCUAGUUCGAUUUCACUGGGAGAAUAACCCUACACGGUUCAAGAUUAUCGAAAUUGAAGACGAAGACGAAGACGAAGCCGAUCUACAGAGCCACGAUCUUCACUAUCAUCCGCUCACAGAUUUGGAGAUCCCUUAUGGAAGCACAGGACCAAUGGCAGGUAACUCUGCUAAUGCGUUGCUUCUUCUCUACUCGCUAUCGAUGAAAGGUAUUUACAUAUGCAAUCUGAUCACUCGUGAAUAUACCGAGCUCAGUUACCCUGAUGACUACAUUCCGAAUCAAGUGUUACGACUUGGAUUUGGUGUGAGCAAAAUAAGUGAGCAAUAUAAGGUGGUUUGGAUCAAUGCAGACGCUGGUUCUGACCCUCAUUGUGUAUACACCCUCGGAACAGGAACAUGGAGGCGCGUUGAACCCGGAGCUGCUUCUGGUGUCAUGUUCUGCGGUCAACCCAUUUUAUGUAAUGACAACCUCCAUUGGAAAGUAUAUGAUCCGAGGAAUAGCAUAUGGAGUUUGUGUGGUUUUGAUAUUGAAACUGAAUGUUUUAGUAUCUUCUCUUUUCCUACCCCUAUGGGAGAUGGAUGGUGGAAUUUAUCUGUUUUGAGGGACUGCCUGUGUUCUUCACAUUAUAACGAAUUCCAAGAUGAAAUUGUCAUCUGGAUGAUGAAGGAAUACCAAGUCGAUGAAUCUUGGACAAUUGAGUACAAGAUGAGUACUACUAGUUUGGAUUCAUCUGUUGGUAGGAAUUAUAUAUCAGUUGAAGCACUUAAACUUUUUAAAGAUGGUGAUGUUUUGAUGUUGCUAGACCAUUCUAUUGCAGUCUACUACUCCAACAACACAAGAACUCUUCAACAAGUUAAUAUGUUGAAGGAAGCAGAUCCAAUGAAGGGUUAUGCACUGAUUUUCAAUCCUAGUCUUCUCUCACUCAAGAGUUUCGGAUUCGAGAAUGUGAUCUCGUUUUAG